AUGGCAUCAAAACCAACGUGCAGUACAUCUGUUAAUAAACAAAAUAAAAAAAGGUGGUUAUCUGUGAGAGAAAAGCAAAUGAUAAAAUCGGUUUAUGAGGGAUUGCGUAGAAGAUAUCAAGAUAUGCUUAAAGAGGACGUCGCGGCAUUGUGUGGAGAUUUAACGAAAGUAUCGGCUCGUACGGUUUUCCGAAUAAUUAAAGGUAACAAACCUAUCCAAAAACCAAUCCAUAAAGGACGUGCAAAAAUUGUAUUGGACGAUAGUACGAAAAGUAUAAUCCGAAGAAAAGUUCAUGGAUUUUAUUUGAGGAACGAACUGCCCACUUUAAAGGAUAUUCAACGAGAAGUUAAUGCAGACGCAGAUGAUACUUUAAAUAAAAUAUCCAUGAGAGUAUUACGAAGAACAUUACAUGAAAUGGACUUUCGGUAUGUGAAGAGAAGUCGGAAAAGUUUGUUGAUCGAGAGACACGAAUUAGUGAUAUGGCGGAGAAAAUAUUUGCAAAAAAUUCGUGAUUUUAGACGACUUAAUAAAAAAAUUUAUUAUACGGACGAAACGUGGUUGAAUGAGGGUCAUACGAAAUCGAAAGUAUGGCAAGACUUGAAUAUUAAAAGUGCGCGACAGGCUUUCAUUGAGGGACUUUCAACCGGCUUAAAAGCACCUUCGGGCAAAGGAAGACGUCUCAUUAUAACGCACAUUGGAAGUGAUUCAGGUUUUUUACAAGGUGGUUUAAAUGUGUUUACCUCAAUCAAAACGAGCGAUUAUCAUGAGGAUAUGAAUUCGGAUGUGUUUGAAAAGUGGUUUUCGUCUAUACUGACUCUUGUAGAUCCUGGUUCGGUAAUUGUAAUGGACAACGCACCUUAUCACAGCCGUCGUGUGGAAAAAAUACCGACUUCUGCAUCUCGAAAGGCAGAUAUAAUAGAUUGGCUAAGAAGUAAAAAUAUAGAUUUUGAUGAAUCCAUGUUAAAGGUUCAAUUACUUGAUAUAGUGCGGGAACAUAAGAGUUCAUACAUCAGAUUUGCAGUAGACGAAAUGGCACGUGAGCAUGACAUCACCGUAUUAAGAACUCCACCAUAUCAUUGUGAAUUGAAUCCCAUCGAGCUGAUAUGGGCAAAAAUAAAAAAUGAGGUAGCGCAAAAGAAUACAACCUAUAAAUUAAAAGAUGUCAAAUUAUUAUUAGACCAAGCCAUACAAAAUAUAACCGCUUCCAACUGGCAGUCAUGCAUUACACAUACACAGAAAGAAGAAGAUAAAAUGUGGGACGUAGACACGCGUGUUGAUGUUCUUAUCGAGCCCAUUAUCAUUACUCCAGGAGAAGACAGUAGUGAUAGUGAAUUAACAAUAGGAAGUGAUUCAGAAUAA